UGUUAUGACGAAGACUUGUCGGAAGACGGAGGACUUCUGACUCAUGACAUGUCAAGAAUGUGCUUAAUAUGGACAUCUGGCACUUUUAUUCUUUUGGUUGUUGAGUCAUCUGUCAUAGGUGUAACCCUCACACCAUGUGGAAAGGACGGAGUCAGUGAUGUAACAGCUGGACAGAAAACUCAGUUUGUCUGCAUGAAUGGAGGACAGGUAGAGUGGAGGUUAAUUGUGAACAAUGCAGCGACUCCCUUGCUGUUAGCAUCCUGUGACGGAAAUGCUUGCAAUCAAGCUGAUUUUUUACAGAAAACAUUUACAGCAAGUGUUCAAGACGCACAUCCUACAUUGACCAUUAAUGCUGUGAACAGUACUCUGAUAUAUAACAAGGUUCAGAUUGUGAACGGCACUCUGCUGUGUACUCCAAAGACAAAGGAAAGCUCUGUUGUAUGUGGACUCAACUAUGUGUCUCUGCCAGAGAACGUGUCAUGUCAGGCGGUAAACAAAUCGUUGUCAUGUGUUGUUGGCGCUGUCUAUUCAUCUCGCAACAUUUACAUGUGUCACUUGCUUCGAUUCAAGACUGGAUGGCUUCUUCAAACAUCUGUUUUAUAA